CGUAACGACCGGGUGUGUGUAUGAAAAAGUCACUUUGCUAUACUGUCAAUGACUGUGGUAGCUAUAGAAAUGCAUACACACGGCACCAGAAGACAGACUAAAAUCACAUGUUAAAUUCUUUUUACACUACGGACGCUACAAUGUCGCUCCAACAGGAAGCGGGUGACGCGCUGGAGGAGAGGAGCGCCUUCUUCAUCGGUGCCGACUCGGACAAUGUGUCGUUGGAAGAGGACCAUCACCAGCUUAUUCUACAGAAAGCUAACGCGCUGGCAUCUGAAAACUGCCUAAAAGAUGCCAUUGACUGGUUUACGUUGGCUAUGCGCUAUGGCCCCAUGGAACCGGAACAACUAAGCACUUUCGUGGACUGUAUCGUCCGCAACUUUAAGAGAAAAGCGGCUCGGCCGGACGCACUGUCGGGUCAGAAUCAGGACGCAGGGUCCGACUCCAGGGACGAGGUGUUCGACUGUCCCAGCUGUCGUAGCUUUUUAGGUGAACCCAUCACCCUAGCCUGUGGACAUUCGUAUUGUAAAAGGUGUUUACAGCGACGGCUGCUCUCUAAGUGUAAGCUGUGCAGGGAGACUGUGCGGGGAGAGGAGAAGGCGAAUGUAAUUCUUUGCGGACUUCUAGAAAAAUGGUUCCCUGACGAGCUGAGCAGGACGAAAACGAUAUGUGAAGUGGAAGGGCUUUGUAGAAAAAAGUGCUACAAAGAAGCUGUGUCGUUAGCAACCGAUGUCAUUCAGCGUGAUCCAGAGACGACAGCAUUGGCACGGCUAUCCCGAGCUGAGGCGUACAUGGCUCUGAAACAGUACCGCCUGGCUUUGGAGGACACGGAAUUCUGUCUCGAGUCCAGUUGUUCUACUGAAGCUAUGUUUAGGAAAGCUAUGGUUCUGCAUGAAAUGGGCCAAGUGGACGAGUCUCUUCAAGCCUUCCUCCAGUGCCUGGCUGUGGACGAGGACUUCCCCUGUGCGAAGAGACAAGUGGAAAAGAUCCUGUGUGACCUGCUCUGCCCUGAUGACGAGAGCGUCAAAGUCGGCGUACGGGAAACGACUCAAAACACAUCGCCUCGCUUGCGCAGUAAAACCCUUGUGUCCGAUGCCCAAACUCAACCGCUGAGCCCAGUCAAAAGACGACACCAACAGCAGGCCCGAGCCGCCUCAGCACAUCCUCCCCUGGACAACCAGGAGAAACGCUGGGAAAGUUUUGAUCGACACGGCCUGAGCAGAGCUCAUUCACUCAGAGUUCACGGCUCUGAUUGUGGUGAGGAGGGACUGAAGAGAGUUUGUUCUGCUCCUCAACUGGGCGACCAGGAGAAGGGGAGCCUGCUGAAGAGGAAGUUAUCAGCGUCAGACACAGAGCCCUGUUUAGUGGCUAGUGGAAGCAGCAAGCAUAAAAAACAAGGUGUGGCACACGGUUCAAAACAACAAACUGCCAAAGCUAAAACCUGUAGAAGUGUUCCUGAGGAGCUGCUGGACCCCAUUGACUUAGAGUGCUCGCUCUGCAUGAGGUUGUUUUAUGAGCCUGUAACGACACCAUGUGGCCACACAUUCUGUAAAAACUGUCUGGAACGCUGCUUAGACCACACCCCUCAGUGUCCCCUCUGCAAAGAGAGCCUGAAAGAGUAUCUCGCAUGUAGGAAGUACAAUGUGACGUCCAUCUUGGACACACUGAUCAAACAGUUUUGGAGUCAGCAGAGGGCAGAGAGGACUAAAUCGCAUCUGGAGGAGACAAAGGAGCUCUCAGAUCUUACGAAAAAUGUGCCUAUCUUUGUGUGUACCAUGGCUUACCCCACCGUGCCUUGCCCCCUGCAUGUCUUCGAGCCACGUUACCGCCUCAUGAUUCGCCGCUGCAUGGAAACAGGCACGCGGCAGUUUGGAAUGUGCAUAAAUGAUCCCCAGAAAGGGUUUGUAGAUUAUGGCUGCAUUCUGACCAUCAGGAGCGUUCAUUUCCUCCCCGAUGGACGCUCGGUCGUAGACACCAUCGGAGGAAAACGAUUUCGGGUCCUGUCGAGAGGAAUGAAGGAUGGUUACAGUACCGCUGACAUCGAGCAUUUAGAGGAUACAAGGGUGGAGGACGGCGAUGAGCUCGAGAGUCUUCAAGAGCUGCACGAUGAAGUGUAUGAACAAGCCCGUGUGUGGUUCCAGAACCUCAAGAUCCACUUCCACAACCAGAUCCUGCAGCACUUUGGACCAAUGCCUGAACGAGAGGCUGACAUCCAGGCGACUCCUAAUGGUCCAGCCUGCUGCUGGUGGCUGUUGGCCGUCCUACCGAUCGACCCGCGAUACCAGCUCUCUGUCCUCUCCAUGACCAGCCUCAAAGAACGCCUGGUGAAGAUCCAGCACAUCCUCACAUAUCUGCAAAGCAUCCCAAGCAACUAGAGCUUCCUUCUCCUCAUCGAACACAGACACCAUAUGGACUUAAAAAGAACUCACACUGAAUCAGCAUCUCAACAACCUUUUUCUUUGUUUUUAUUUUUUCUCAUCCUUUGACAUUUCUUAUGACUUACUACAAGACUCCUCGUUUAACAGGCUCCUUGUAUUAAGUCACAAGUCCAAGCAAAAACCCCCCUUGAGCUGUGGAUCAAUCCAGAGAUACUCCCUCUGACACACAUUGUUUUUGUUUUCUGACUGUUAACAAUUAUUUAAAAAAAAAAAACAAGACCAAUGUGACAGCAUCUUUUUUUCAACCACACUCGUUCAUAAUGCAGUACAUUUUCACAAGAACUUCCCUGAACAAUCCCGUUCAAGCGAGAGGAGCGGUGGAGGAGGACGACAGAGAGUAGAACAUGUAACAAUCACCUUUGAGUGUUCCUUAUUUAUAGAACUUUUCCGAGCUCAACUGAAAAGAAGAUAAGUCGUAAGAUAUCUUCUGAUAAUGCAGAGGGCAGAGACGAAAUCCGAAAUGCUGAAAGUCUAAAACGUGAUAGCCAGAAGUGGUUCAAAGGUACCAUAGGAGAAAAACUCAAGUGCAACUACAGGCUGGUUAAAGUAUUAAUUUAUCUCUUCCAAGCAACCAGUUUUUUUUCUUCUGACUUUUCCAUCAUGCUUUUCACGCACAACUUCCAUCGCUGCCUCAAAGUAGAGGCGAAGAACCUUCCUGCUGAAAGAAUGAGACCAUGUGUGCUUAUCCUCAGCGAUUUUUCGCCUGCUGCCAUUUCUUUCCCCUCUUAACAUCUGACCAGAGGAACUCUCAUGUCCAUGAAAUCACACACAGUUAACCUUAAGUUGGCUUCACAGGCUUCCAGACUUUUAGUUUGUUAAAAACUUUGGGGAUUUUGCAAAGAAGUAUUACGUGUGUCCUCUUUAAACCAAAAGAUUCAGCCUACCCAUUUAUUUAACUUAAAAUUAAUUUGUAAGUUAACGUUUUAUUUAUGCUUUUUAGACCAUGUGAUGUAUGAACAAUUCUAAAGGGGUCUUGCAAUAUUAUAACAAUUUGAAAGAAGUCAAAAACAGCAUGUUUUCCUCCAGUGAGUUGGCAUUCUUCUUCACUCAAAGCUGCUCAAUCUUCUCGGAGGAGAGGACGGUACCUGCAACUGCCUUAUAGCAUUUUGUAUGGAGAUUUGAAAAAAAAAAAACACAAUGCGUUGGUGUGGCUACCAUUCCUUUUUUGCCAUAGUAUGAAGUAUAUAUUUUUAAUGUGUGUGAUUUUUUUUUUUCUCUUAGUUUGAGACACCAUGUGUUCAUCCAUGUGUAUAUACCAUUUCUUUAAGGAAAGUCGAGUCAAAGCUCUUUUGUGUAAAUCAUCUGUAAAAAGGCUUUUCGGACAGAUGUUUUAAGUUAUCAAUUUAUCAAUAAAUGCACUCUUUUUUUUCAA